GCGCGGCGGCGGGCGAUGAGCGGCAGCGCCGAGGCCGACCCGUCGGCUCCGGCCGCCCCUGCGCCGCCCGCUCCCGCCGACAGCAAAGCGAGCCCCGGCAGCGGCCCCGGGGCGGCCCCGGGCGCGGUGGGCGGCCCCGUGUCGGCGGCGGUGGCCGCGGCCCCGCCUGAGGGGACCAUGUCCAACGGGAUUUACGUGCCGCCCGGCGUGGCCAACGGCGACGUGAAGCCGGUGGUCUCCACCACGCCGCUGGUGGACUUCCUCAUGCAGCUGGAGGAUUACACACCGACGGUACGGGCGCGCCAGGGGGGGGCUGGCGCCGGGGGCGGCCCUGUUCCUCCCGCCUCUCUCUCCUGCAGAUCCCAGACGCCGUCACCGGGUAUUACCUCAACCGGGCGGGAUUCGAGGCCUCGGACCCGCGCAUCAUCCGCCUCAUCUCUCUGGCUGCACAGAAGUUCAUCUCGGACAUCGCCAACGACGCUCUGCAGCACUGCAAGAUGAAGGGCAC